CAUCGCACGAUUAAUCAACCGAUUUUCCAUUCGCCCACUUGCUAUCGGUCAUAUUUGCGUGCUAGAGCGACUUGUGAUUGCUGCCAGUUUUUCUUUCUGUGGUGCCAACCUUGCGGCGCAUCACAUUUUGGUAGCACACGGAUAUCCAUAUCAACUCUCAUUUUCUUGUCUUUACCUACCUACCUACCUACAGUACCCAGAGUACCUAGGUAGGCUUAAAUAUCCACUAUACCAAGAUUGUGGUAUCCGGAGGUGUCCAUAUAGCAAGACAUUUGCGAUGUCUAUUUGUUAGAAAUCAAAGCGAAAACACGAGUUGUUCGACGAUGUAGAAGUCCGGCUGAGUUGGAGAUAAUUGUCUCAAUCAGCAUCCUAUGCAACGGUUUCACAACAGAAGAGGGACCUUUGACAAAUCAAAUUGUCGCAGUUCAUAAAAUACAAUGUCGUCACCAAACGUCUCAAAUCCUUGAGUUAUAUUGAUAUUCAUGCAUCGUCAAUGAAAGACAACCCGAUAACUAUGUAGCUGCACCCGCAGGAUUUCCGCUCGCGAGAACUAUUACCGCAGCAGCUAUUCUAGUAAAAUGCCGGGUUAAUCCCGAUGACUAGAGCUCCAGUUUUUAACCAGGAUUGAAUCACAUACUACUAUAUCGUAUCCAAGACAAACGAUGUUAUCUAUGUAAACCUCUUUCCUACCGAACUCCAAAUAAAUCACGAAAUCAGAGCAAAAUGGGCAUUAUCAAGACGGCAUUACUAGCCAUUCCGGCCGGUGGUGCCACCUUAGGAGGCUACAUGGCCUAUCUUACUGCUACCACCACUUUCAUCGACCUCACUAAGAACGAUCCUAUGUUUAAGACUAAAACGUAUAAGAAAUAUAAUCCGAAGGAUAACCCGGCGCUUCAAGAUGUCGUUAUUAAGCGGAUACCUCUGUCAGCCGUUAAACCUGAACUUCGCAACGACGAAAAGGCGCUCACUCUUGAAUUUUGUCGCGGCGUAUGGAGCGGCUUCAAUUUCUGGCCUCAGAGCAAGUACCAGGAAUAUUACGACAAGCCACCGGGAACGGAAAACCAGCUGUGGCACACCAGCGACCUAAAAACCGCCAAAUUUGAGAAAGGCCUAAAGUUCUCCAACCACUUCGAGGUGGUGAACAACGAGGGCAACGAGAUCGUCGUCCGGUGCGGCGGUUCGCCCCUGCAGCCCGGCCUGAGGAAUUCGGACGGCCUCAUCUUCUUCAGCGCGAAGAUCGACAAGGACACGUCGCAGGCCGAGUUCAAGCUUAAGUCGGCCCUGUUCAACAGCGCUGGCACUUUCGCCAAGGACGCCGGUCAUCCUGUCCCGCCGAAGAUCGAGUUCCUGCACCGGUGGUAUGUCCGCAUGCUAACGUCGAGCGGCGUCGGAAAUGUAAGGGCUUAGGGGUUUUAGUGAUCGUUGGCAAGGAUUUAGUAAGGAUAAGAUGACUGGAUAGCCAUGAUGAACGAUUUAUACCCUCUCUUAAGCCCGCCUGGUAUUUAUGAUUUUGAACUCGAUGGUUCUCAAUAUCCUAGAUUCACUUUACCUAUGGUAUUUCGUAGCCAUUUUCUUCUAAAGGUCUCUAUUGAAAAUUACAUCCUCCAGAUCAACAGAAGCGGUUUCCAUUUCAUAAUUGGUUACACAAAAUUCUGACUGCAGUGCCUACAUAAUAGGUUGGUUUUACAUGUGAAGCCCUUGUUCAGACAUCGUGUAGCCCUGGCGGUAAAACAACACCACGGCAUUCCCCCCUAGAUUUACCUUUACUAUACUCGAAUUUACUCAAAAGCAACUUCUAUUCAUCGCAAAAGAUCAUAUUAGCCCAAUGAGCCAUCAAUUAGUAGGUACUUCGUACCUUUAGGGCAGACACAAUACCCCAGCUCAGCACCUUCCGAAACGGGGC